AUGGCGAUACUACCCCAGAACAAAGGCCAAUUCGUGCCGAUCAAGGCAAGCCGCACUACGGCGCUUCUCCUCAUCGACAACCAGCUUGGGUUUCGCAAUGCCUCCGCAUGGGGCGACGGCGUCUCUACCCCAGACUAUGACAGCAACAUCACCGCAAUCUUGGCGGCGUUUCGCCGCGUAUUUGACUCAAAGCCCGAGGGCGAACGCCCGCUGAUUAUCCACGUUCAGCACAAGUCCGUGUGGACAGACAGCCCGAUGCAUCCCAGCCACGUCGGCCCAUACGGCGCCAACGGAGAGGAGAAGCGUGGCAUCGACUUUCUCGAGUUCGCGGCGCCUCGGCUCUUCCGCAAUGGAAAGCACGAACUGGUGUACACCUUUGACGAGCCAAGUGGUCUUCCGCCGCCAUCUCAGCAGCCGGCGCCUCCUCGUCCGCCGCCCGACGAGAUUAUCAUGACCAAGCACGGUCACAGUGUCUUCAUCAACACGCCGCUGGAAAUGCUGCUCAACAAAAGGGGCAUCAAGACGCUGCUGAUUGCGGGGAUGACGACGGACCUCUCGGUCAGCACGGCCGUGAGAAUGGCGCACAAUCUGGCGCUCGUCGGCAAAUGGGGCGGUAAGGGGAACAUGGAGGACGCCGCCGAAUCAGAGCUACAGACGGACGGCGUUGGCAUGUUUGUGAAGAUGCCCGCGGAUGCGAAGGAAGGCGAAAGAGGCGAGAAUGGCUAUCUUGUCUUGAUGCCGCGUAUAGUGCUCAUUGGGGAUGCGACGAGAGCGUUUGGAAAGGCCGGCGUUGAUGCUCAUACGGUGCAAACUGUGCACGUUGAGAGUUUGAAGGAGUUUUGCGAGGUGCGGACUACGUCGGAGAUUCUCGAUCUGUUUGAGUGA